AUGUUAAUAGAAGGAUCAGUUUUCAAAUUAGGUAAUAAAGGGCUAAUAAAGACAUUCAAAAAGAGAUACUUUAUAGUACCAGAAAACCAAGAUAUCAUAUAUUACUAUGAAUCAAAGAUUGAAAGAAAGCAAUGUGGUUCAAUUAAACUAAGGGAUAUAUUACAUGUUGGUACAAGUAAAGAUACUACUGCCACUCAAGGUCAAUUCCAUUUUGAUAUUACUGGAAGAAUUUAUAAAUUAUAUACAUUGACAGAAAAGGAAAGAUCAUAUUGGAUAGAUUCAGUUACAACAAGAUUAGAUGAAAUUAAAAAGAGAGAUGAUGAGACUAAAGUAAAGACAAAUGAAAUGCUUAGAGAUUUAAAGAUCUACACUUCAUAUGAUGGUAAUCAAGAGAGCGACUAUGACGAUGAGUCGUCGAUUGGAUCAUCGUACACACCUAGUAAAGGAGGAUCGAGAGGAGGAGCUAAAAACUUGGAGAGAGAGUUGGAGUUGAAAGACGAUGAAAUAUCAAAGUUGCAAGAGGAAAAGAUGGCCUUUGAAAACUAUGUCAAAGAGUUGGAAGAUGAAAAGUGUCUCUUACAGAAAGAGAAUGAAAAGCUAAUCGAACGAUUCGAUGAGAGUUCAAUUGACUUGUACCAAGCUACCAUCAGAGACUUGGAAACAAAGAGAGAGGAAAUGGAAAAUGAUCUCAACGUAAUGAGCAAGCAUUUGGAUGAAGAACGUAGCCUUAGAACACAAGCCAUCAAAGAUAGAGAUCUAUUGGAAAGAACUAUGGGUGAUGAAAAUAGUCAAUUGGUAUUGAAGACUGAAGAAUUGGAAUCACAAAAAAAGAAAGCUUUAGAAUUAAUAUCAAGUGGUACAAUGAAUAUUCAUCAUUCUGGUGGUGGUAGUAAACAACAAACUACAAAGAAUUGGUCACAAUUUUUAAUUCAAAUUGAAAGAAAUAAUUUCAAAUACAGAAAACAAAGAGAUACAUAUUAUUUAGAUAAUAUUAAAUUAAAGAAAAAAAUAGAUGAACAUAUAUUGAUUGAUAGAGAAUCGUCGUUGAAGAACUUUGAAGAUAUGGUGGGUCGAUUGAUACAAUUUGAAAUGGUGUAUCGGUCACAAGAAUUGGAAGAGAUUUAUCCAACCAUAUUUGAUGAAAUUCAAUGUAUAAACAACUUUUUAAACAAAUCAUCUGUCGAUCUUUACACUACCAAUGAACCCAUUCUCUUUGGGUUUAUUGACACGUAUACACCAAAAAUAGCAUCCAUCAUUGCCAAUGUAAAUAAUCACAACAAUUCAACCUCUUCAUUACCAGAUAUGAGUAAUGAUAUGAUUAAAAGCGAGCUACAAGAACCCGUAGACGUUUUAUUGUCACACACUGAAAAAUGCAAGCAACAGAGUCUUACCAUGACAUUGGAUCGUGUUGAACCAUUCUCUUUAAAGAUUCAAGCAUUUACAAAGACCUUGGAAAAGGCAAAAGCAACACUACAAGAUUAUCGUCUAAAAUUGGCACAACUUAAAUCCGAUACAUUGGCAUUCCCAGUGCAUCCAGAGUGUAUCGAUCCAUUUGAAAAUAGAGUUGAAUCGAUUGUAGAUAAAAUUGAACCACAUAUUAUUCAACACGAACAAAAUGAAGAUCAAGAAAUCAUAUUGGAUGAUCCGAAACAACUCAUCAACAAGAUCAAUGAUCUUGAAGUUGAAUUCAAGGCCAAAAUACAAUACUAUGAAGGUGAAAAAAAGAAAACAGAGACUUUUCUAUCGUCACUUGAAAGAAUGUCGGUCGGUGUCGAAAUGGCAUUGGAACAAAUAUCGAUUGGCUCAGAGACUGAUCAAGUAUUGGUAGACUUGGAAGUACUGUACAAUGAAAAGGUUGAUUUGGUCGAACGUACCAAACGAGGUGUUCUCGACUUGACAGUCAUCAAACGAAAGGCUCAACUCAUCAAAAAACUCGAGGAACUACAAGCUGAAGCAUCUCUCAAAUACACGGCCAAUGAAGAUGAUAUAUUGGAUGUAAUGGUUGGUUCUGUCAUUGAUAGUUUUGUUAAAAACAAACCAGGACAACAAGACAAAAAAGAAAAAGAUACAACUACAUCUACAACGGUUGGAGGAAACAAAGAAAUUACAAUUACAGGUGUCAUUCCACCAAACUUUGAACGUUUGGGAGAAGGUCUAUAUUUAUUUGGAACUAAAAAGAUUAAUGUUCAAAUUUUGGCAGGUGGUAUUGUAGUUAGAGUAGGAGGUGGUUUUGAAGCAUUCUCUAGCUAUGUACUUAAAUUUGGUAGAUCUGAAACCAUUAAAUUACUACGUCAACAACAACAAAUAACAACUGCCAACUCUAAAACAACAACUAUACUUACAUCGGUUUCAACCAGCUCUUCAUCGUCGUCGUCAUCGACAAGACAACCACCUAGACCAAUAUCUAGAGCAGCAACAUCACGUGCAGAAAAUAGAAAAAGUUUGGUACUAAGUUCAAAUAGUUUACAACCACAAACAACAGCUGUAAACUCUGCAACCAUAACCUCUACCAUUACAGUCAUGUCUUCACCAAAACAAUCGAAUAACAGGUCAACAAUAACAACUCCAAUCACAAAUAGAAUGUCAAGAUCAUUAUCAAAAGGUGUAAUUCAGAGUAAUCGAGUCGAGUUAAAAGAAAAAGAUCCAUCCAUCAUCCAUUCAAUCACGUGUUCAAAAUUCCCUCCAAUAUUGGUGAUUGCAAUAUUUGGUUCAAACAGAGUUCAAAAAAACUCAUCUGACAAUUGUAGGUUUUGA